AUAUUUUUGAACAAGGUAAAGGAGCGCAGUUGCAUAACUCUGAGUGAGACGUUGAGUUCUCAACGACACGUUUUACUUGGCUACUGCCAGAACGGUGAGUCGCGAUCAACCGCCAUCAAACCACCGCAGCACCACCGCCUCGAUUCCCCAUCUAAAUAUAUAAUCUGCUGAGAAAUCUUAAUCCUCUUUCCAAAGAAGGCCUCUUCAUUGACUAAUGCAGCGAAAGGUACUAACAGAGGGUUUCCAUAUCAAGGCACUAAGUUGUCGAUUCAGUCCAACAUCGUGUUGCAAUUUUGUGCGAACUCUAACGGUCGAGGCUGGAGAAAGACAUGAUCACUUGUAUAAAGAUUUACCGCAGUCCCCUAAGAGCAAAUCGGAGAGGAAACCAUAUGUAACACCAAUGAAAAUUCUGAUUCAGAAGGCAAAAGUGGAGAAAGAAGCUAGGAAGGCCCAGCCAUGUAGGAUGUUAGAAGAACCACCAGACAAUGGCCUUCUCGUACCUGAGCUUGUCAACAUUGCUCAUCAGGUCCACCGAAGUAGGGAAAUUCUCCUUUCUGGGUUAUCUAAACUGGUCAAAACAAUUCCUGUUCAGCGAUGCAGGUACUGCUCUGAGAUUCACGUUGGUCACGCAGGACAUGAAAUUAGGACCUGUAUGGGUACAAAUAGUGGUUCUCGUGAUGCUACACAUGUAUGGAAAAGAGGAGGCACUCAUGAUGUAAUUUGCUUUCGCAAUUGUUUCCACCUCAAUGACCGUGUCGGAAAACCAAGAGUUGGGCAUGAUGAGAGGAAUACAAUUAGACGCAUCCCUGCCAUUUUGGAGCUCUGUAUACAGGCUGGCGUUGACCUUGACCAAUAUCCCACAAAGAGAAGAACAAGACCUGUGUACUCUAUAGAAGGUAGAAUAGUAGAUUUUGAGUCGGUGGCUGAAAUAGAAGAGAGUAAACGAGAUGUAGAAAUGAAUUCUGCAACUACAGAGGAUUCAGUGAAUCAUAUAAUGCAACUGGAUAGUAAUGUUCUCUCACAAAUGCAACCAGAGCAUGUGGAGGAGAAGGGCUUGAGAGGAUUAAGCAUAAUGACGCUCAAAUCAUGGUUUGAAAUGAUCUCAGGAGCCAAGAAGAUUAUGGAGAAGUACAAAGUUCACACUUGUGGAUAUUGUCCUGAGGUUCAGGUAGGCCCUAAAGGACACAAGGUGAGGAAAUGCAAGGCAUCUAAGCACCAGACUCGCAAUGGUUUGCACGCUUGGCAGGAAGCAACAAUUGAUGACAUUGUUGGUCCUAACUAUGUCUGGCAUGUUCCUGACUUGAGUGGACCUCCAUUAGUUAAUAAUCUGAGGAGCUUUUAUGGGAAGGCACCUGCUGUGGUGGAGUUGUGUGUGCAUGGUGGUGCACCUAUUCCAGAUGAGUAUAGGAGUAUGAUGAGAUUGGAUGUGGUUGCUCCAAAUCGUGAUGAAGUUGAUCUUGUUACUUAACGCUUGUUUUUCUGAGCAGUAGGUUCCAUGUAGAAGAUGCGCUGUCCCUAAUACUGUCCCUGUUACUUUAUUCUUUGCACUGGGGAAUCAGCAUUUACAAAACACUCUCUCGGUGGAUAAGCCAUAGUAGAAAAUGAGAUAAGUUACCAUAUUGCAUCAUGAGUCAUGACUAAUUGACUAUUGCUGUAAAAGGAAGGUUUUUGGAAAAUCUCAAUUAGGUCUUAUGAAUGGAAGGGGAGUAUUAAAGUCAUUGUGCCUCUGGGCAAGAUGUUGUAGAUACUGUCUCAUCUUGACUACUUGCACACACAAAUGUAGAAGAUUUUUUUGUUACUUGAUUAUUUUUUUCUUCUAUCCCUGACUGAUGUGUUAAUCAUCAGCAUGUUUUGAAGUUCAGUUAAUGUUGCAACAAUGAUGGCACCUCACACUUUUCCUUUUAAGUUUAAGCAACUACUCUGUAGAUCCA